UCGUGCAGUCCUGGGCUGAUUCCUCACCUUUCUAAGGAUCAUUGAGACCCCACGAUCUGGAAUCUUGCAUGGGGCUCCACUCCGAUUGAGAUUGACCGUCAUGUUUAGCUUCUUCCAUUUUCUACUGAUUGGACCUUUUUUCACCAAGCUGCUCGGCAAUUUCUCCGUAGCCCUUUCCAGUUGUGUGGAGUUGUCCAAUUUUGUUUCUGGUGUCUUUGGACAGCUCUUUGGUUUUGACCAUGUUACAAGUUUGAGUCUUAGUGAUUGUAUGGGGUGGACAGGUAUCUUUAUCCAGCUAGCGACCUGACACAGGUGCAUCUGAUUCAGGAUCAUACAUGGAGUGGAGGUGGACUUUUAAAGGUGGACUAACACGUCUUUUAAGGUCAGAAUUCUAGCUGAUGAACAGGUGUUCAAAUACUUAUUUGCAGCUGUAUCACAAAUAAAUCGUUAAAAAAAAUCAUACAUUGUGAUUUCUGGAUUUUUCUUUUAAGAUAAUCUCUCUUACAGUGGACAUGAACCUACGAUGAAAAUUUCAGACCCAUCCAUGUUUUCUCUUGCAAUACAGCAGGGUGUUCCAAUACUUACUUUCUUCACUGUGUGAACGAGAAACAAAGACCCAAAACAUACAUCUAACCAGUGCAAAUCUUAUAUAACCCAAUUUUAGUUGUAGCGGCCUUUUUCCGUGGCUUGCUAAGCUUGGAAGUGCACCAGAGGAAGGUGAUAAUAGUGCUUGCGCUGUGUUUAGGAGCCACGAGAUUAAGUUACUCAAAGUUUGGCGGAAAAGACCUGCAGAGUCAUGAGCCCGGAGUGGUGUUGCCUUUCAGUGCAAUGGGAGAUUCCAGCUUGGCUGCUUCUGAGGCUCAGUUUACAGAAGAGAGUGAGAGAGACAGGAGAGCUACAUGUGGGAUGCAGUCAAAUUUCAGCUUUAGUCCUCUCGUAGGACCCCGAAAAUCCUCCACGGCCAUGUUUUAGAGCUGAAGCGACGAAUCCCGGGGACGCAAUGGAGGACCUGGUCCUGGAGCCUCGGUCGGUGCGCAUCGCUCGCUACAAGGCGGAGAGGAGGCGGGAGCUGGCCGAGCGUUUCGGGUACACGGAAGAGUGUUUAGACCCCCGACGGGCCAGCGACGAGGAGGAGGCGCGAGACCCCGAUUCCCGAAAUGACAACGGCAAGCCGUACGGUGUUCCGAAUGGAUCGGACGCUUCCCAGGGAUCCACCUGCCCGACAGGGCAGGAGUCCGAGGACACAACGGAGCAGCAACAGCAGCUCCGCACUCGCGUUUCCGUGGGCCAGCUGAGGAGUGCCCUUCUACAGCACGCGGGAAACGGAGCCGAGGUGGAAAAAUUGUGCGCAGAUGAUGGAACACGAGCCACGUCCUCUCUGGACCUGACCUUGAACCCCGCGUCGGACGGGCCCCGUCGCCGCACCCGGCGUUACUUUCCCGGCGGGCCAGGCGGAGCCCGCAAGACCGGCGAGCGCUUCAGGACUCAGCCCGUCACGGCUAAUGAGGUGGAAGAGAGCGGCUGGCUGGCGGAGGCGAAGGAAAAGGAAACGUCUGAAGCCGACGUGAAAACAGACGAACGAGCACAGAUGAGCGUGGCGGCCAAGAUGUCUUUAUUUAAAGAGCUGGAAAAGACGGCCGCCCCCGAGGCCUCGGCUUUCCUCAAGCCUCGAUCCGGAAGCGUCUGCCACGAGCGCAGGCAGCGGCGGGGCAACGACCAUCGCUUCCUCACCCAGCCGGUCACCUGUGAGGAGAUGGUGGCUGUCAGUUCCCCACCGUCCGCACCAGAGGAGGCGUGCCCUCCCCAGGAGGAACCGGCGGAGGCCGACGACGAGGGCUGCAAGCUUAGUGUGAGCGAGAAGUUGGCUCUUUUUAAUAAACUCUCCCUGCCCGAGGGGCCGAGUGCCGACGGGGCCCCGGAAAGGCGGAGGCAGAAGGGCGCCCGCUAUCGCACGCAGCCCAUCACGGUGGAGGAAGUCAGCCUGCUGGAGAAAGGCCCCGUGCAGCUCCCCGCCUUGUCUUUGUCCUCCCAUCUGUGCGACAGGCAGCAGGCCUCGUCCGUCAACCUGAAGCCCAGCGAGCUGCGCCUCUCCCGCUCCAAACCCGACAUCAGCCCAGCGGUUCCCGAUCAGCCCAUGCAGCGCUGCGACUCGGAGCCCGGCCUCCGAGGGAUCCUGAAGAGGAGCCACUCGGAGCACGGCGGGCUUUCCGGAGUGAUAGGGAACGGUGCCAGUUCGCGCGGAGACGCGGGGACUGCGCCGAUCGGGAGGCGGGAGGGCGGUGGCGCCCGGGUGGCCGCCCCGUGGAGGCAGAGGGCUCGGGGCAGGCGGGAGACCAUCGCCUGCACGCCGACGCACGUGCUGUCGACACAUAGUGGCAGGCGCCAAAAUGAAGACGGUGAUACACCAGGCUACGUUCCUGUCGUUCCGGUGAAUGGCGACGCUGAAGCCCACCACGUGAUUAAUGGCAACGCUAGUAAGGGAGAAAACUAUGGAGAGAAGCCGCAUUGUUGGGAUCCAGUCUAUGCGUCGGUCUAUUUGAGCAGAACGCCUCAGUAUGUUAUGUGCUUCAACCAGACCAAUCAGUCCUUCGAGGCACAAGAGGUGCUGUCUCCGACAAAGAACCCGAGUCCACCACAGUGGAAACAGAAGUCUGUGCAGGCUGACGAAGACAAACAUGAGUGGGCUCAGCUGAUCACGGCGCAAGAAAUGACAAAUGUUGAAUGUUCACAAUUCGACAGCAAUAACGCCUGUGAGAACAACAGCCACAAGGUCGAAGGUCAAACAUGCUCACUUGAAGGAGUUAACCAGAAAGAGGUGACACCUGAGAACGGUUUGUACACCGGCCCACCCUGUGGAGCCCCCUCAGAGGCAGGACAAGACCUGGACAUUUUCUCCCAGACCAGUACCCCCAUGCUGACGUCGGCGGUGGCAGAGCACCGGCGUUCCGUGCGCCCGUCCCGGCGUACUCAGGGAUCCCGAAACCCUCUACGGGCUCUGGCCGCCCGUGUGGACGUCCGGCAGGAUUUCAUGGGGCUCAACUCAGCCGCCGAGGAGAGGGUCCAAACUGAGAAGAAUUGUAAGAAUUCUUCUGGGGUGGAUUCCGUCAGCACCUCUCAGAAUCCUCAAGAGAUUCAUCCACCCUUCAACAGCCCUAUGCUGCUUUUCAUCAAAGGAAGGCAGCGCGUCCAGGUCCGCCUGGCCCGCCCCUCAGCCAGCUCCUUGAACAGUGGCGACUGCUACCUGUUGGUUACCGCAGAGGACUGCAUCCUGUGGAGCGGACAGUCAGCGAACGACAAAGAGAGGGCCAAAGCUUCAGAGUUGGCAUCUUUCAUCCAAAGUAGCAAGGAGCUGGGCUGUAACGCCACUUGUGUCGUCCACCUGGAAGAGGGGCUGAACUGCGACGGCAGCCUGGCUGCGGACUUCUGGAACAUUCUGGGAGGAAGGACACCUUACAGGGGAGCUGGUGGAGCGGAGGAGGAUGAGUUGUACGAACGCGCCCUUGUGGAGUCCAACUGUGUCUACAAGAUGCUGGACAACAGACUGGUUCCCCACGAGCAAGCCUGGGCCUCCAUGCCUUGUGUCUCCAUGCUGGACUCCACUGAGGCGCUCGUGUUUGACUUUGGCGCCGAGGUGUACCUGUGGCUCGGGAAAGACGUCCCGGCCGACCGCCAGAAGGUGGCGCUCCAACUGAGUCGGCAGGUGUGGCUCGGGGCCUACGACUACAGGAAUUGCCGCGUCAACCCGAUGGAUCCCACCCGCCGCGCCGUCGACACGCAGCUGAUGGGCGAGGGGCGUCCCACCUGGGCUCUCUUUGGCGUCAUCUCAGAAAGCAACGAGACGGCUCUGUUCAAAGACAAGUUCGCAGACUGGACGGCAAGAAGAGAUGAGAAUGGGGUGGUCCAGGAGAUGCAGUCCUUCUCAGAGACCCUACCAUGUUACCCCCUGAUGCCCUGCGACGCCAGGGCCCUCGUGUCGGGCGAGACGGCUUCGAGUAACACGCUGGCCGGCGUGGACACCCAGAGGGCCGGCGGCCCGAGGACCACGGGAGUGGACACGUGGCACGUCCACGAGUUCGGCGACUGCGAGGUCCCACUGGAGAACGCGGGACAGCUUCACGAGGGAGACUCGUACGUGGUUCGCUGGACUUACAGCGACAGGGCCCGCGGUCGAGACGGCACAGCUUUUUUCCUGUGGCGGGGACGUCACUCCGACGUGAGCGGACGGGACACUGCUGCGUUUCUUUCCAUUGGGAUUAACGGCAAUGAAGAAUCACAGGUUGUGGUUCAUGAAGGAAAGGAGCCGCCAUCUUUCCUGCAACUCUUCAAGGGAGGUCUGGUUAUUCAUAAAGGCCACAGAGAGGCCUACUCUUCUAAUACAGCGACGCAAGCAGGCACGUGGCGCCUGUUUGCCGUCCGAGGGGAGCUCCCGGACGAGGGCUCGCUGAUGGAGGUGGAAUGCUGCUGCGCCUCGUUACGCUCCAGAGGCUCCCUGGUCCUAAUAAACGGCCAGCAGGGGUCGCUGUACCUCUGGACCGGAUGUAAAGCUCUGGCUAGCUGCAGGGAAGUUGCCAAGAGGGCCGCAGAGCACCUCACUCAAGGGUGCCCGGUAGAACUGGGUCUGCGUAAAAGCAAUCCGGUGAAGAUCCAUGUGGUAGAGGAAGGCUCAGAGCCCGCAGAUUUCUGGGCGGCGCUGGGACUCAUGGACAGGAAGGCCUAUGACUGCAUGCUGCAAGAUCCUGGUAAAUAUAACUUCACACCACGCCUCUUCCACCUGAGCGCCUCUUCUGGCAGCUUCCGGACCGAGGAGCUGCGCGGUCCUUCGCGGCUGCCGGGCCUUGUGGCGGCCAUGCCUUUCGACCAGGAGAGCCUGUACGCCGCACCAUCGCCUGCCCAGUUCCUGCUGGACAACCGCUUCGAAGUGUACCUGUGGCAGCGCGACCCGGCGGAGGAUCAGACGGAAGGCUGGCGCAACGAGAGGAAGUGCGCCAUGGAGACGACGCUGCAGUACUGCAAAGAAGUCAACCCGAGACGCCCGCCACACGCCUACCUCAUCUUGGAGGGCUGCGAGCCUUUGACCUUCACCAACGUGUUCCCUCGCUGGGAGAGGAAGCGGGCGAUCCUCGCACAGGGUAAGCUGACCUCGGUGCAGGACGCCCUGGCCCAGCUCACCAAGACAAGAUCAACGCAAAGCCCCUCACCCGACAAGGGGAAUCCACGAGACCCGCAAGUACGGCUGACGGAUCACGACUUGCAGACUGCUUUGGAGCUGAAGCGAGAGAACUCCAGCUGCUAACAAGCUGACUUGAAGACAACCCGAAGGACUUGUUUGCCAAAAUGACAAAGAAUAUGGUUAAAAAAAAGGCAACUUUAUUUAUGUAUUUUUUCUUUUUCAUAUAUAUUGUGACAAACUACUGUAUGUGGUGGCAGAGUGCUUAGAAAAGAUCAUCGAAUAAACAACGUAAACUGCACAACAUUCAUUACACUUCAUCUGCGGUAGUCACGAAGGACCAACGGGCAGCCAUUUUGAGUCCUGGAAAAUGAUAGACGGUUACCAUGGAGACCAAUGAGUACAUUAGUGUGGAGCACGGCGGAGAUCCAAAUUUAGUUUAUCACAAAGUAGGCAGAAAAAAAUAAGGCACAUCUUGGUAUUAAUCCAUCCAUCAUUUUCUUCACCGCUUAUCCUCACGAGGAUGGCAUCAACAAUCACACCUAGCAGCAAUUUAGAGUGUCCAAUUAAUGUUGCAUGUUUUUUGGAAUGUGGGAGGAAACCGGAGUGCCCGGAGGAAACCCACACAGGCACAGGGGAGAACAUGCAAACUCAACAUAGGCGGGUCCGGGAUUGAACCCCGGGACCUCAGAACUGUGAGGCCAACGCUUCUUGGUAUUAAUCCGCGAGGAAAAAAAAAAGUUGAUUCAUACAGGAAGUGGAAGUUUAAUGCGGAUUCCUCCAAACUGAUCUUUGCUAGAAGAGAAGAGAACGUCACUAAAGGAGGACGAGCGCUGUAGAAAAUGGAUGGCUGGGGCACAAAUAAUGGUGCCCCACAAAUUCUACCCAGCAACAGGUGACGUAACCAGGAAAAUGAAUGUGGAACAGGCCUGGAGUUUAUCAUAAUUCCACUUACCAUAACUCCUGGAAUUGGCCAAAUGAGCCUAAAAAGUUCACUUUGAAUCAAAAUGGCUGACAUUCUGUCUUUUCAGGUUCUUCUUGAGACUUUUUGGUGUGUCUACGCGAUUGGCAUGUCUACCGCAUUUCACGAUGCUAAGUGAAACUGGCUUCGCUUGCUGAAUUUUCAAAAUAUUUCAUCGCACCGCUCGCCCAUUGACCCUCCCAAAAUGUCCGCCAGUGCGCUUUAGCGGUGGAUUUUCCGAGCGCGGAUUAGCUGACUAAGCCUCCGUAUGCGGGAGUGGAUUUAAAUAGCCCACCGCUGCAAGAAAAAUCUUUCAAGGAUGCGGGACUGUGACUUAAAUUGUCGAGAAAGCGAUCAAUACUCAUUGACGUAUGCUUUGAGACGUCAACAUCGG